AUGAAUAAACUCUUUACUCUCAAACCAAAAAAGGAAAAGGAAUUACUGAAAGCCGCCAAACCAGUAGUAACAAUUUUCUCCGCCAUCAGUAGUCUACAAAAAGAAAUUUCCGACAAAGAAAAAAAAAUAAAAAGUAAACGGGCGGUGCCAGGAGAAAUUGAAAAACUAAAAGAUGAACUAAAAAAAAAGGAAAAGGAGUUAGGAAAAAUGAGUGAGGCAAAAAUUGAGGAAGGCAAGAAAGCCAUUCGUUUUCUUCUUCAUUAUAAUCAAAAUCUGGUUAAGUAUAUCGUUAAAGGUUAUUCUUCUUUUAACCGAAAAAUUGACCACGAAGAAUUGACCGCGGAAGGAAUUUCCUCUUUACCAAAAGCCAUCGAAAAAUUUGACUUAAAUAGUAAAAAUCGUUUUGCUACUUACGCUGAAAAAAAAACUGUAAUUUAUUAUGACAGUAAUUAUCAAAAUGAGGAUAAAGAGAGUAAAUCUUAUUCACUAUUGGAGACCUUACAUGACGAUGAAAAUGCUGAGUUGACUGCUGAUCAGGUUCGUCACCAAGACACUAUAAUUCAGACUAAUAAUCUAAUCAACGCUUUAGGAAAUCGGGAAGCGAUUUUACUGAUUCGCUUGUUUUAUAAAAUAAAACCUUCUAAUUUGCUAGAUAUUUAUUGCUUGGCCACCGAAGAAGAAAAACAAGAAUUAAAGAAAAAAAUGAAGUUGGGUGAUAAAUCCAACCCCGAAGCACUCCAAAAAUACUCCUGUGAGGAAAAAAAGGUUCAUGAUUUACCACUGGUGAAAAAUUAUUUAUCAUUAUUUACUAAAAGUUAUCGAUUUUCCGAGUUAAGUAAAAUUCUUGGCAAGUCAGAAAAUAUGGCUCGAAUAUGUAAAAAAAUUGGAGUUAAUAAGCCAAGAAAACCGAACUCGGCUAAUCGAGCUUAUGCCCGGGUUAUUCUCAAAAAUAAGAAAGAAAUUACGGUCUAUAUUCCUGGUGAAAAGCAUAAUCUCCAAGAAUAUUCUUCGGUUUUAAUUAGUGGCGGUGGAGCCCAAGACCUGCCUGGAGUAAAAUAUCAUGUUAUUCGUGGUUGUGGUGAUACCGAAGGAGUGAAAGAAAGAAAACAAGGACGCUCUCUCUAUGGAGCCAAGAAAGCAAAGAAAAAAUUAAUUACAAUUAAAGAUGUUUACCAGCAAGCCGAAAAAAUAAGCAAGUUAGAAAAAAUUAAGGUUGGCGGCUGGGUAAAAUCGAUCCGAGAAAGUAAAGAAAGAAUAUUUAUUACUCUCAAUGAUGGCUCAACUUUAAAAUCCCUCCAAGUAGUUAUUCUCCAAGAAAAUUUUUUAAAGUCAGGUUCGGUAAAAGAAAUAAACUUUGGUAGUAGUCUAUUAGUUAGCGGAAAAUUAGUUCUUACUCCUGAACGCGAACAAUCCUGUGAAUUGCAAGACGUCAAAAUCGAAAUUGUUAACUCAACGAAUUCUGAUUAUCCGCUCCAAAAAAAAAAUAUUCCAUUAAAAACAGUUCGUGAUUAUUCCGAAUUACGAGCCAAAACCAAUUAUUUUUUAGCAAUUUUUCGUCUCCGUCACAGUAUUAGCAAAGCCAUUCAUGAUUUCUUUCACCAAGAAGGGUUUUAUUAUAUUCCUACUCCAAUUAUUACCAGUAAUGAUACUGAGGGAGCCGGAGAAAUGUUUAAUAUCACCACUAAAGAACCUUUUUUUUCCAAUUCCGCUAAAUUAACAGUCAGCGGUCAAUUACAAGCCGAAGCCCUCGCCCAAGGAUUAGGCAAAGUUUAUACUUUUAGUCCUUGUUUCCGAGCCGAAAAAUCUCACACUACCCGCCACCUAGCCGAAUUUUGGAUGGUGGAACCAGAAAUGGUUUGGGCUGAUUUAGAAGAAAUAACCAACUUGGCCGAAGCAUUAAUUAAAUACGUAAUAAAUUAUGUUCUGAAAAAUAAUACUUCUGAACUCCAAUACUUAGAAAAAUACCACCUACUUUCAGCCGAGCAAAAACAUACUAAUAAGGAAAUAAUCAAAAGGUUAGAAAAUUUUGUUAAUAAUCAGUUUAAAAAAAUUGACUAUGGCGAAUGGAUGGAUUUACAAUCGGAACACGAAAAAUACUUAUGUCAAUACUUUGAUAAUCAGCCAGUUUUUGUGCUGAAUUAUCCCCGCGAUUUAAAGGCUUUUUAUAUGAAAAAUAAUCUGGAUGAGGAGAAAACUGUGUCUUGUUUUGAUUUGCUAUUUCCAGAAAUUGGAGAGUUAAUUGGUGGCAGUGUACGAGAAGAUAAUUACCAAACUUUACAAGAAAAAGCCCAAAAAAUAGGAUUAGAUAUUAAUAAUUUAAGUUGA